AUGGCAUCCCUCCUUCUCCGAAACACUUCUUUCUUCUUCUCCCCUCUCCCUCAGUCAAACCCCUACAACCUCAAAACCCCUUCUCUAUUUUCGUCCUUUCUUCACUCACACUCACACUCUCAAUACAAACCCUCCAUCAAACUCAACCACCAUCAUGCUCUCCUGCCCCCUCUCCUCCAAUCAACCCUUUCCCACGACCACCAAUACCCCCUCCUCGACUCCCUCUCCGCCUCCCUCCGCUUCUCCCCACACCUCGCCUCCGCUGUCCACGCCGCCCUCCUCAAGCUCCAAGAACACCACACCCCACACCUCUUCACUGCCCUCCUCCUCGCCUACCUCAAGCUCAACCUCCUCCCCGCCGCCCACCGCCUCUUCCUCUCCCUCCCUUCUCCUCCAAACGUCGUCGUCUAUUCGUCCCUCAUCUCCGCCUUCUCCAAGUCCAACAACCACCACCAUCGCCGCCACGCCCUCCUCUUCUUCCUUCACAUGGUACAUUCCGAUGUUCUCCCUAAUGACUACGCCUUUGUCGCCGUCUUAACUGCUUGCAUUCAAACCCAAAAUCUCCAAUUCGGCCAGCAAUUACAUGCCGCGAUUGUCAAAACCGGUUACUUGGACUCUGCUUUUGUUGCAAAUGCGCUUAUGGGGUUGUACGGUAAGUGUGGCGGGCGUUACAGUUUGGUUCUCAAGCUGUUCGAUGAAAUGCUUCAAAGGGACAUUGCGUCGUGGAACACUGUUAUAUCCGUUGCCGUGAAGGAAUUCAUGUAUGAUGAUGCUCUUUCGUUGUUCCGUGAGAUGCAAGCAACGGAUGAUUUGAGAGUGGACGAUUUUACCCUCUCCACGCUUUUGGCUGCUUGUUCUAGAAGUGCUUCGGUGGUGGAAGGUUUCCAAGUUCACACGCACGCUAUUAAGGUUGGGUGGGGGAACAAUUUGAGCGUUGGCAAUGCGCUUAUUGGGUUCUACACCAAGUUUGGGACGAUUGAUGAUGUGGUGGAUUUGUUUGAGGAGAUGAAUGAGAGGGAUGUGAUAACUUGGACCGAAAUGGUAGCGGCGUACAUGGAGUUUGGGUUUGUAGAUUUGGCAAUGGAGGUGUUUGAUGAGAUGCCGGAGAGAAACGUGGUGUCUUAUAAUGCUUUAUUGUCUGGGUUUUGUAAGAAUGGGGAAGGUUUAAAGGCUUUGGAUUUAUUUUCAAAGAUGGUGGAGGAGGGAAUGGAAUUAACGGAUUUCAGUUUGACUAGUGCAGUUAAUGCUUGCAGCUUGCUUGGUGACUAUUGGGUUAGUAGGCAGGUUCAUGGGUUUGCUCUCAAAUUUGCUUUCGGAUCGAAUGCAUGUGUUGAAGCGGCUUUGCUUGAUAUGUACACGAGGUCUGGGAGGAUGGGAGAUGCCAGGAAGAUGUUCUGUAGGUGGGAGUUGGAGGAAUUCAUCUCUGUGGUUUGUACAUCCAUGAUAUGCGGCUAUGCUCGAAAUGGGCAGCUGGACGAGGCGAUUUCUCUUGUCCAACAUAGUCAAUCGGAAGGGAAGAUGAUCAUGGAUGAAGUUGCAGCCACUUCGAUGCUUGGUAUUUGCGGGACUAUUGGAUGUCAUGAUAUGGGUAAGCAAAUUCAUUGCCAUGCUGUUAAGUUUGGUUAUGAAUCUAAUAUCGGAGUUGGGAAUGCAGUUGUUAGUAUGUAUUUUAAGUGUGGGAAUGUGGAUGAUGCAAUUGGGAUGUUUAAUGGUAUGCCUUCAACCGACAUUGUUUCAUGGAAUACUUUGAUUUCCGGACAUCUUCUACAGAGACAGGGUGAUAAAGCAUUGGAAGUAUGGUCAGAUAUGCAGAAGAAAGGCAUAAAGCCUGACCAAGUCACAUUUGUUUUGGUCAUUUCUGCUUACAGGCUAACUAGCUUGAAUUUGGUUGAUGAUUGUCAUCGUUUGUUUAAUUUGUUGCGAAACGAAUAUCAAGUUGAGCCUACUUGCGAACACUAUUCUUCCUUCAUCAGUGUUUUGGGUCAGUGGGGUCUUCUGGAAGAAGCAGAGGAAACCAUCAAGACAAUGCCUUUUGAGCCUUCAGCUUCUGUUUGGCGUGCUUUGCUUGACAGUUGCAGACUACACAAGAACACAAUCAUUGGAAACCGGGCUGCCAAGCAUAUUCUUGCCAUGGAACCUAAGGAUCCAUCAACCUACAUACUCAUUUCAAAUUUGUAUUCUGCUUCUGCAAGAUGGCACUUGUCUGAAAUGGUAAGAGAGGAUAUGAAAGAAAAGGGAUUUCGCAAACAUCCGGCACAAAGUUGGAUCAUUUGUCAGAAUAAGAUACAUUCAUUCUAUGCAAGAGAUAGAUCCCAUCCCCAAGAGAAAGACAUAUAUAGCGGAUUGGAGAUUCUAAUCUUGGAGUGCCUAAAAGCUGGGUAUGAACCUGAUACAAGUUUUGUUCUGCAUGAAGUAGAGGAAUAUCAAAAGAAAGAUUUUCUGUUCUGUCAUAGUGCAAAGCUGGCAGCUACUUAUGGAAUUCUGAUGAGCAAACCAGGGAAGCCAAUUCGGAUUGUGAAGAAUAUCCUUCUCUGUGGGGACUGCCAUACAUUCCUAAAAUAUGUAUCCGUUGUCACUAAGAGGGAUAUUUUUCUUAGAGAUUCUUCAGGAUUUCAUUGUUUCUCCAAUGGCCAGUGCUCUUGUAAAGACUAUUGGUGAAACACUACAUGAUCCAUGUAUACUGAAAAGUUUUAUAGAUUCAGCUGCAAAUAUCUAACCUGAAAAGGUUGAAGACAUUUGGAACUUGAGAGGAAUAUUAAACACUUCAUGGCAUAGGGUGAAAGUUCAAGCCGGUCACUCAAACCUAUAAAAUAAAAUUUAAAGGAAAAAAUCUUGUCACUAUGCAGCCUUUUUUUUUUUAAUUUUUUUUUUGCCUUACAUUCAUUAUAGUGACUGAUUUUAGUGUAUACAUAGCAUGACUGAAAGAUCAUUUACUGCCUCAAAAUUAAUUCCUUAUUAAAAUGGGAUGUAACAAAAGAGGCAGAUACGUAUUUAUCAUACAUUCAUGCUCUUCGAUGCUAUCAACUUAUCAAGUAUCAAUCAAAACACUGAACAUUUCAUCCAGAAGCUUCAAUUCUUCUUAUUCACAUUAUUACUCUGCAGGUACACCAUCUUAUAAUUAUGAGACACUUUUCUGUGGAGAUUUUUUUAUGUUCCGUUUUUGAAGUUUC